AGAGAGUAUAGUUGAAUUGUGGCAUCAUACACACCUCGGAGGUGUAUGUAUGUUUUCCUUGCUUCUUCUUCUUCUUCUGUAUUAGCUUGGACGAUUCUUCAAUUCAUAAUAUAAUACACAGUAGGUGGAGUGCAGUGCAGCUAUAUACAUAUUUAUAUAUAUAGAGAGAGAAUUGAAGUGAAGCUGCUAAUUACCAAAUAUCAACUCCGAUAGGAUCCUCAUAUGAUGGGUACUCAAGCUCCGUCUGAUCUCCAAAACUACAACUCCAAGACUGUUGAUGAAAGAUCUGCAAAAGAAAAGGCAAUUGACGACUGGCUUCCAAUCACUUCAUCAAGGAAUGCAAAAUGGUGGUACUCAGCUUUCCACAACGUGACCGCCAUGGUUGGGGCGGGAGUUCUGAGCCUCCCUUACGCCAUGUCAAACCUGGGAUGGGGACCCGGCGUGGCCGUGAUGGUCCUAUCGUGGAUCAUCACUUUGUACACUCUCUGGCAAAUGGUGGAAAUGCACGAAAUGGUGCCCGGCAAACGUUUCGACAGGUACCACGAGCUAGGGCAGCACGCCUUCGGCGAAAAGCUGGGCCUCUGGAUCGUCGUGCCCCAACAAUUAGUCGUGGAAGUUGGGGUCGACAUAGUUUAUAUGGUCACCGGGGGAAAAUCUCUCUACAAAUUCCACGAAUUAAUCUGUAAACAUCGCAAAAAUGGUCAUCACUGCAAGGACAUAAAACUGACCUACUUUAUCAUGAUCUUUGCCUCUGCCCAUUUUGUCCUCUCUCACCUCCCCAAUUUCAAUUCCAUCUCGGGGGUUUCUUUAGCCGCGGCGGUGAUGUCGCUGAGCUAUUCCACCAUUGCGUGGGGGGCGUCGGUGAAGAAAGGGGUGCAAGAAGGGGUGGAGUAUGGGUAUAGGGCCCACACCACGCCUGGGAAGGUGUUUAACUUCUUUGCUUCUUUAGGGGAUGUGGCGUUUGCCUAUGCUGGGCAUAAUGUGGUGUUGGAGAUUCAGGCUACUAUUCCUUCUACCCCUGAGAAGCCUUCUAAAGGACCUAUGUGGAGGGGCGUUGUUGUGGCUUAUAUUGUGGUUGCUUUGUGUUAUUUCCCUGUUGCCUUUAUUGGGUAUUGGAUGUUUGGGAAUUCUGUGGAGGAUAACAUUCUUAUAACCUUGGAAAACCCUACUUGGCUCAUUGCUAUGGCCAAUAUGUUUGUAGUUGUUCAUGUCAUCGGAAGUUAUCAGAUUUAUGCAAUGCCGGUGUUUGAUAUGAUCGAGACGGUACUUGUUAAGAAAUUGAUGUUCAGGCCUACUUGGUACUUGCGUUUUUUCACUAGGAACGUCUAUGUGGCAUUCACAAUGUUUGUUGCCAUUACCUUCCCUUUCUUUGGAGGGCUUCUUGGAUUCUUUGGAGGUUUCGCUUUCGCCCCAACCACAUACUUCCUGCCCUGCAUUAUGUGGCUUGCCAUCUACAAACCCAAGAAAUUCAGUCUUUCUUGGAUAGCUAACUGGAUCUGCAUCAUACUUGGAGUUCUUUUAAUGGUUAUAGCACCCAUUGGAGGGCUGAGACAAAUCAUAAUACAAGCCAAGACCUACAAGUUCUACUCUUAAGUUCAUGGCAUGAAGGCAUGGAUUAAAAGUUCCAUAGUCAAGAAAAUUCUGAUUGUUUUGGCUGGAGUCAUAAACAGUAUAUAAUGCAGGCAGCAUCCUCAACUUCUUGGAGAAGCUGAUGGAAUUGGGAAUUUAGUGCUAGCUAGCUAGCUGGAUGGGAAAUCUUGUCCUUUAAUUUGCCGCUCCUUGUUUUACACUUAUAGUGUGUAUACAUCUUCUUUUUGUUUUUAUCAAUACUUUGUUGUGCAAUCAAGAGAAUAAUUGAAAGAUGUGUUUUAAGUUAAAAAGCAAAGUUUAGUGAUGAUACAAUAAUAUUAUUUAUAAAUUGAUUUUCAA